AUGAAGUUCAUUCUCCCAGCCCUUACCAUUUUCGCCUCUCUGGCCGUUGCAAAGAAUUGUCAAGAGGGCCUUAACUACUGUUCUUUCACCCUCAUGGGUAAAGGCGACUACCACCAGCAGAUUCUAAAGGCUAUCGAUGAAUAUGGUACCGAUCCCAGGACGGUUAACUAUGAUUACUUCCUCUACCACUGCGACGGCGGCAGCAACGGGUCUAUUCACGUGGUAGACACAUGUUCUAAGGGAUGUCAUGACGGUGGUGACAACAAGUCCGACUCGUGCCUUUAA